GUCUGCGCGUGCGCGCGACGGGCGCGAUGGCUGCGCUCGCCGGGUUAGGGGUUCUCGGCGCUGGGCGCCAUCUGUGGAAACUGCCUGUGCGCCUGUCUGCGGGGCUCCAGGGCUGCGGGCCCCGGAGGGGCUACAUCGCGGGCAGCGAUGAGUCUUGCUGCAGACUAGGCUUCCAGAAUGUGGUGACANUAGAUGAGCUGCGGUUAGCCUUCCCAGAGCUGGACAUGGUGGACCUUCAGCGGCGGCCGAAGACCAUGCGCCUGAGGAGUGACUUCCCUGCCAUCGAAGGUAAAGGCCCUGUGCCUGGAGAUCUCUUCUUGGGCAGGUUUGGUCAUGGCACCUUUCUGCUAUGCCUGGAAACCAUCUACCGGAAAAUAACAGGCAAUGAGCUGAAAUANGAGGGUCUGAUGGGCAAACCCAGCAUCCUUACUUACCAGUAUGCAGAGGACGUGAUCAGGCAGCAGGCUGAGAGGCGGGGCUGGGCCGCCCCCAUCAGGAAGCUGUAUGCUAUAGGUGAUAACCCUAUGUCUGAUGUCUAUGGUGCCAACCUAUUCCAUCAGUACCUGCAAAUGGCCAGUCGUGGAGAGGAGGAACAGCAGACUGGUGGGCAACGGAAGCAGCGGCCUUCAGCAGUGCAGAGUUGUGCUUCCAUCCUGGUAUGCACUGGCAUAUACAGUUCUCAGGACCCAGGCUCCCAAGUGCCUCCUCCUGGAAGGGAAGAGCUUCCAUUCCACGGGCACCGAGACUUCAGCUUCAGUCCAGGGCUCCUAGAGGCCUCCCACAUUGUUCAUGAUGUAAACGAAGCUGUGCAGCUGGUUUUCCACCAGGAGGGUUGGGCUUGAGGGGAAGGAGGUACAGCAGAGGCACAGGGGCUGUUGGAACAUGCGCUCAGGGGAUCCUGUGUGCCCGGCUGAGGUCUGCGUCACAGGCAUCAAAUCCAAGCCUGGCUUCUUGCCAUUACUUCCUGGGACAGAGAAGACUGCAGCUUCAGUAGCUACAGAAAGCCCUUGGGGCAGCAUCUCAGGAGAAGGGANGGAUCUGGAUGGAUUCUGUCUCUUGCAGUCUGACCUCAUGCUGGUCCCUUUACCUCUGUGCCUCAGUGUCAUCCUCUCAGUGAGGGCCUUCUUUUUCCAGACAGCGUCUCACUAUUGUAGUUCCUGCUGUCCUGGAACUCACUGUGUAGCCCAGGCUGUCCUGAAACUCAGAUCUGCCUGCCUCUGCCUCUCCAGUGCUGGCAUCAUAGGUGGGUGCCAUCACACCUGCCUCAGUCAGGACUUUAAAAACCGCACAGUGCAACGUCAUGUGGAAACUUGUGGAGAGCCUUUGGUCACACUGAAGGAAGGUGUGGCUGGCACUCUCCAUAGUGUUUACUGUAUUUUAGAGUGUUGCCCAGACACUUGGGGGCUUUUUUUUUUUUUAAUUAAAAACUAUCCUAAUAUUUGUUA